AGGCUUGGAAGAAGAAUAGAAGGAGAAGAUAAAUAUUGCUAGUUUUCAGUCUUGCCACUGAAGAAAAUGUGGCACGGAGUGGCCAAGAUUUUCUAUUUUGUACAUACAUUGUUUUGUAUAUACUGUAUAUGAUGACUUCGGUGGGCAGUGAACGUACUCGGGGCACUCGAGAAAAAACACAGAUUCCAGCCACGCAGCCGACACAACCACAGAAACCAGUAGUCCAGGCCACAGCAGAGCAAAUCCGCCUGGCCCAAAUGAUAUACGAUAAGAACGAUGCAGACUUUGAAGAUAAAGUGAAACAACUGAUGGAAGUGACAGGGAAGAAUCAGGAUGACUGCAUCGUAGCUCUGCACGAUUGUAAUGGUGAUGUGAACAGAGCAAUCAACCUCUUGCUGGAAGGAAGCUCAGAUACAACUUCAUGGGAGACAGUAGGAGGCAAGAAGAAAAGCCUUGGAAAAGAGAGUUCAGAAAACAAAGAGAACAGAGAAAAGCGAGGGGACAGAGAAGUGAGUCGUGGACGGGGAAUUUCCAGCAGAAGAGGAAGAGGGGGCAGCCGUGGUCGAGAGUUUAGAGUCGAAGAAAAUGGAGUAGAAUCGCCACCUGGGGAUAGGCCUUCCGAUCGUGGCAAACGUGGCAAGGGGAGAGGAUUUGGACGGGCCAGAGGAAGAGGAACUGGGAGAUUUUCAGCCCAAGGCAUGGGGACGUUUAACCCUGCAGAUUACACCGAUUCCUCAGCCACCGACGGCUUUGGGGCAAAACAGGAGUCUUGGGAACUGGGAGAAAACGAUGCAGCUGAAGGAACAGCCCUUUGUUCUACAGGAGCAUGGAAGAAUUCAAUAGAAGAAUGGACGGCCGAAGACUGGAACGAAGAUCUUUCAGAAACAAAGGUCUUCACAGCUUCAUCAGUUCCAGCCGAGAACCAUGUUGCUUCUGGUCAAAGCAUUGAUCUGGUGACGCUGCUUCAGAACCCUGGCGCCCCGAAUCAAGACCCAGAGGCCACCUCCUUCGAUGCUACUCAGCCGCAAGGCUUCGGCCAGGCGCUCAUCUUCACCAAUUCCCAGCACAAUCCUCCGACGGCCUCGGGAACAAGCAAUCCAAGCACUGUGAACACUUACUCGGCACAAAGCCUGUCUUCGGUGCUGACUUCUGGAUUCAGAGAACUUAGCUCUUCAAAGUUAGCCAGCUCUACUGGUUCUCAGAUUUUGGAGCCUCUGAAAUCUCCAGGUUUGGGCCAGUUCGCCUCACAGGGUCCUCUCAGUACAGCCUCUCCAGUGUCCACAACUCCAACCUCAUCCUGGGAUGUCAAAUCUUCGACUUCGCAGCCUUCGAUCCUCAGCCAUUUCGACUUCAAAUCCCAACCUGAGCCGUCCCUGGUCCUAAGUCAACUGACGCAGCGGCAGCAACAACCCCCACCCCCACCGGCAGCCACCGUCCCACCUCCUGGACUGGAAUAUUUCGCCUCACAGAAAGCCCGGGAGCCUUUGCCAGUGGACAGCUGUGCAGCUGGCAACAAAACUGGUCCACUCUCCAGCCUGUCUCCAGAAAAUCCAGGGGUGCCAGCCCACCAAACGCAGCAGAAGCAGAUCAAGCCAUCGAAGCGGAGGACGCCCCCAGUUUCAAAAAUCCCUUCCUCUGCGGUGGAAAUGCCUGGAUCGACUGAUGUUUCGGGCCUAAACGUACAAUUUGGGGCACUUGAAUUUGGGCUGGAACCUGCGGUCUCAGAUUUUGGACCUGCUGCAAGCUACGAAAGCAGCCCAGCACCCAAUAAUAUCUUGUACACCAAGCCUGUAAAUGAACCUCUGAAUACCUCUUUGCCAAUGUCCAAUACAGUACAGGAGUCCGCCUACGUCACCCCUGUCGUCACAUCCAGCCUGACCUGCUCUCCCCAGAGCACCAGCCUUGUAACGGAUUCCUCCUCCUCCUCCUCCUCCUCUUACGACCAGGCCUCUGCGCAUAACAGGGUGACAUACCAAAGUUCGGUGCCUCCGUCAGAACCUGCCACCGUGGCUGUCAUGAAUGGACACAACGGUGUUCGAAUGCAGCCAGCUCUUGACACUGCUUCGUCUGUUCCCACGUCAAAGCUGGAAACCUCUCCUCCGUCGCUACCUGCCCAAGGUCCUUCGUUGCCGAGCACCACGGCUUCCACCUCUUUGCUUCUGCCUUCAGCACCUUCUCACACGGCAGCACUUCCAUCAAGUGACUUGGCCAACAGCUCCCUCUCUCAGUUAAGCAGUUCUCUCUCAGAUCAUCCAAGCAGCCUCUCUUCUGCCUCGUCACAUACGCACAACAGCGUCGAGAACGCCACCGCGCUCCCACCCUCCAACACUUUCUCAGUUGCCGCAACCCUGGCUACCACCUCUCCGGCCACCAGCCUGGCCAGCACGACCCACAGCCUCGGCCUGAAUGCGACCAGCGUCUCUCUGCCAAUUCCCACCAGCCGGGCCGCUCCCUUAGUGUCUUCAGCCAAAGCGCCCCCCAACCUUCCCCAAGGUGUGCCACCCUUGUUGCAUAACCAGUAUUUUGUCGGACCUGGAGGACUCCUGCCUGCCUACCCACAGAUAUACGGUUAUGAUGAUCUUCAGAUGCUCCAAUCCAGGCUGCCUGUGGAUUACUAUGGAAUCACAUUCCCUGCUCCUGCGAACCUGACCAGCAGAGACGGAGCCCUUGCUAACAACCCUUACUCAGGUGAUAUCACAAAAUUUGGCCGCGGAGAUUCAGCUUCCCCCUCGCCCGCCACCACCCUUGCCCAGGCUCAGCAGAACCAGACCCAGGCCCACCACACGGCUCAGCAGGCCUUCCUCAACCCCACGUUGCCGCCCGGGUACAGCUACACUGGCUUGCCAUAUUACGCUGGUGUGCCAGGAGUUCCCAGUGCUUUCCAGUAUGGCCCCACCAUGUUUGUCCCUCCAGCCUCGGCCAAGCAGCACAGCGUGACCUUGAAUGCCGCUUCCACGCCCUUCCAGCAGGCUGGCAGCUACGGCCAGCACAGUUAUGGAGCAGGUUAUGAUGACCUCACCCAGGGGACGGCGGCUGGAGACUACAGCAAAGGGCCGUACGUUGCCGCCUCUCAAACACAAAACAAGUCAGCUGGCGGCGGAGCAGGGAAAGGUGUUUCUGUGAACUCAAGUAACACAGGUGUGCCUGACAUUAGUGGCUCUGUCUACAACAAAGCUCAGGCUUUUGACAAGCAGGGAUUCCACGCCGGGACCCCUCCCCCGUUCAACCUGCCCUCGGCCCUCAGCUCCACGGGGCCCCUAAACCCCGGGGCUGCUGCUGGCUACGCUCCGGCGCCCUUCCUUCAUAUCUUGCCUGCGCACCAACAGCCGCAUUCCCAGGUGCUGCACCAUCAUCUUCAACAGGACGGGCAGGGCGGAUCUGCCCAGCGCAACCAACCCAACGCCCUGCAGCAGAAACCUCAGGCUACAAAAACCACCUACGGGACUUCUCCGUACUGGACGAACUAAGCUCUGGCGCAGAGGAAAGGCAGGGAGACCGUCCGGAGUAGCCCAGGGUCCUUCUCAGGCUCCCACCGGAGACCGUCGACUGCGGAGGGAAAAAGAGACGCGCCCCCCCCUUCCUCCUCCUUCCUGGGGGAGCUCGGCUCAGACACCCCGUGGGAAGAAUUGGCAGACACUCCCCUCGUUCGUGACUCUUCCCGAUUUGCUGUUUUCUGUAAAAUAUUUAUGUAUGUACUUGUAAAGGUAGUAGAGCCUAACCGUGGUUCCUGCAUGUUUCCGAAGACUUUUUUUAAAUUUUUCUUCCCGAUAAGGAGGGCUAAAACAGACCGGCUCCCCCUUCGGGCCCUCUGGCAGCUUCUCUCUCUCUCUUUUGUAUAGUUUGGAGGAUUUUAGCGCUUGUCCAAGGGACAGGAGUGUGCCACUUUUUAAAAUUAUAUAUAUAUAAUUUUCAAAUAUUGACCCCGGAAGCCUUUUCUGACUUUAAAAAUACUACUUCGCUCAGGCAAGCAGUCAGAGACUCGAAAAAAAACCAGGAGUUUUUAUCUGUUCUUUGUUUCUUUUUCUUUUAAAAAAAUAAUAAAAUACAAUUUUGGCGUUUUCCGAAGGGCCCUGCUUCGUUUGGCCCCCCGUUCCUGCCAGCCGGAAGGUUGGUGGGCAGCCUAGUUAUAAAUUGCAAUGUUGCACUUUUCUUGGGACAAUUAAGAAAUAAGCUAAAGGUUAUUAAGUCUCCCUUCACGCCCAUGUUCCGUUUUUUUGUUUUUGGUAGCCGUUGCUUGGACUGCCAGCGUCUCCCCAAAUGGUGUCUGCCGAUCCUGAGCUCCCUUUCCUUGGCCAGGACACCCUCCUGCCUUCCACGGCCGCGUUCUUCCUCCCCUCUUGAGAGGGGCACCAAGACUGAAGGGUGUGGGUGCCAGAAAACUUCCCCUCACCUUAAUGAAGGUUUCAGAAAUUUCAUUUAUUUUUUAGCUCAGACCCUCCUCUAAUAAAGUUCUAAGCAUAUCAACAA